CAACUCAAAGAAAGAUAGAGAGAGAAAAACAAGAGAGGAGAGAGAAAGCGUUGAGAUUCUCUCAGCUUUCCUUUUCAUUUUCUUCAUUCCUUCCUUCUUUACUUCUUCUGUGCUUCUCAGCUUUCACUACACACUACCCAUAAUUGAUUCCUUGAUUGGUUCUACCAGCUGACCUCUUGCUUAACCAAGAUGAGCAGCGAGUCAAGGAAGAGCAAUCCCGGUGCUCCGACGUCCAAAUCCAGCUCCGACAACCGGAAGUCCUCCGCUACUGGCCCCGUCGGCCGUAGGAUCAUCAUCAAGAGUGCCGACAUGAAGGACGACAUGCAGAAGGAAGCCGUCGACAUUGCCGUUGCUGCAUUUGAGAAACAUGGCGCGGAGAAGGAUGUCGCCAAGCAACCCACUGAGUCGAGGGACACGACGUUCUUUCUCGGUUUCGGCUCAGGGGAUUUCGGAUUUCAGUUAAAAAUCCAGAACCCAUCAACCGACCGGUUCAAAUGGGUUUGUCUAAAAAUCGAUCGGUUUUUUAGGUUCACUGGUUUUUUAAUGCAUUUUCAGUUUUUAAAGUAACAUGACCGGACACAGGUCCGAUUUUCGGUCUGACCGGUUGAAUCGCUCGGUCCGGUCCGGGUCUGAUAACACUGCUAGAAACAAAUAUUUCUCGAGAUUGGAUAUCUUAAAGACACCAUCCUCUUUUUCCA